AUGCGUCGAUCCAAAGUCUUCAUCGGCAACUCCCACACGGAGCUGGGCGGGCUCAUCUGCAACCGUCUCGGCGUGGAGCCUGCCCCUUGCACUCUCAAAAAGUUUUCCAACGGCGAAACGUCAGUGGAGAUUGGAGUGUCUGUGCGAGACGAGGAUGUGUACAUUGUGCAGUCGGGCUCUCCUUCGGUCAACGAUCAUUUGAUGGAGUUGCUGAUUCUGAUUUCGGGCUGCCGAACCGGUUCUGCUCACAAAAUCACCGCCGUGAUCCCCUCCUACCCUUACUCUAAGCAGUCCAAGAUGAAGAAGCAUCGAGGCGCUAUCACUGCUCGAAUGAUUGCCAACCUGCUGACCAUGGCCGGCGCCGACCAUGUCAUCACCAUGGAUCUGCACGCCAAUCAGAUGCAGGGAUUCUUCACCGUGCCUGUCGACAACCUCCAUGCGGGUCCUACUCUGGCCCAGUGGAUUCGACACAAUGUCCCCGACUACAAGGACGCGGUGGUGGUCUCCAAGAACCCCGGUGGUACCAAGCGAGUCACAGCGCUGGCCGACGCUCUCAAGAUCAACUUCGCCAUGAUCCAGACUGACCGACGACGAAACCACAAGCCCUACUCGUCCAUGCUCAACCUGGCCCAAGCCCCCAUUUUCUCGGUUGCCUCGCCACGAAAGAAGGGCGCUCGAGGCGCUCCUCCUACCGUGCUGCCUGCACCAGGCUCUCCUCUCAACGGAACCGCUCGACGGGCAUCCAUGAAGCUGCAGGACGGACCUAACACCACUCAUGGCACAGUUCCCUCGCGACGAAAGUCGUCAAACACCCGAAAGCCCUCUCAGCUCGGUGGCCGACGGCCGUCGCUCAAUCCUGGUGAGGAGGGAGAAGACGAUGUCUUUGACGACGAAGAGGACGAGGGAGUGCACAUUGUGACUGCCCACGGUGUCCAGACCGCCCGAGUUGUCCAGGGCCACGUGGUGGGAGAUGACUACCUUGAGGAAGAGUCCGAGUCCGAGGCCCAGUCUGAGGCCGAAACCCGACCUCGUCUUCAGCACACCGAUUCGUCAGUCGACCUGAAACAUGCGCUGGGAGGCUCUGUUGACGCUGAGGGCUCCGACGAUGACGACGACGAGUUCCAGCGAGAAAAGCUCAUCACGCUGGUCGGAGAUGUGCGGGGCCGAACCGCCAUCAUUGUUGAUGACAUGAUUGACCGGCACGGCUCUUUUGUUGCCGCCGCCGAGCACUGCAGACUCAAUUGUGGUGCCAAGCGAGUGGUUGUGAUUGCCACUCACGGCAUCUUCAACGACGACUGUCUCGAGCAGCUGCAGGCCUGCCCCUGCAUCGACUCGGUGGUUGUGACCAACACGUACCCCAUACCUGUCGAACGUCGAAUCGCCGCCACCAAGCUGGUGGUCAUCGACGUGUCUGCCAUCUUUGCCGAGUGCAUGCGACGAAACCACCACGGAGAGAGCAUUUCUGCACUCUUUGAGCAGAUGACCAUGUAG